AUGGGAGCGAGGAGGGCGUUUCUGGACACGGCGAUAGAGGGGGUGGAGUUCGAAGUGGAGUUGACGGACGACAAGCCCAUCUUCGCGCCCCGCCGGCGGUUCUCCCAGUACGAACACGAGCUGCUGAAGGCCUACUGCGAGGAACGGGAGGCGGCGAAGCUGACAACGAGGUUGAAGCUGCCGCCGGGGGUGAAGGAGCCAAACUGCGCGUCGACGGUGAUGCCACGGAAGAAGGACGCAGAAGGGAACUGGACAGAGCGGCGGAUCUGCGGGGACUACCUCCGGCACAACGACAAGACGGUGCCGGACAAGUACCCCAUGCCGGUGGCGGACGAGUUGUUCGAUGAGCCUGGGGGGAGCGAAUGUUUCUCAACCCUGAAUCUGCGGAUGGGGCAGCAAACGGCCAGCAACCAUGGGAGCAGGAGAAACGCCAGACCCCAAGGCGGAGACCCCCCCCUCAAGGCAGAAAACAGAUAA